UGGCGUUGCUUCAGACGAAGUGUCAGUGAUGGAGGGAGAUUCAGUCACUCUAAACACUGAUGUUGAAACAAACCAAGAAGACAGAAUAAUGUGGUAUUUUAAUUACGAUCGUAUCGCUCAGAUCACUGGAAAUCACAGUAAGAUCUGCACAGAUGCUGAGUGUCCUGAGAGAUUCAGAGACAGACUGAAGCUGGAUCAUGUGACUGCAUCUCUGACUAUCACAAACAUCAACACCACAGACUCCGGACCUUAUUAUCUGCAGAUCAACAACCGCAACCAUGAAAAGAUGUUCAAUGUUUCUGUUCAUGAUGCUCCUGUCGCUGAUCGAGAUGAAAUUAAGUCAGUAAAGGAGGGAGAAUCUGUCACUUUAGGUCCUGGUGUAAUAAACAACCCAAAUUAUUUGAUUACAUGGUUUUUUAAUGACAUCCGCAUCGCUGAAAUCAAUGGAGAUCCCAGCACAGAUGUUCAGUGUGAGGAUGCUGAUGGGAGAUUCAGAGACAGACUGGAGGUUAAUCAGACUGGAUUUCUGGCCAUCAUGAACACCAGAACCACAGACUCUGGACUUUAUAAACUAAAGAUCAUCAGCAUCAGCAACAGCAGCUUCAGUAUUAGAAGGAGUAGGAGUUUCAGUGUUACUGUCACUGGUUCAGGUCCAUCUCUAGCUGCUGUAGCAGCAAUAUGUGUUGCUGUAGUUAUUCUGCUCGUGGCUGCACCUGCCGGUGUAAUUUACUAUCUUAAGCAAAAGAAAGGCAGGGGGGCGGAGCGAAAUCAAGUUCAGGAGAAUCCUAUAAAAUACUCACCCGUUAGUCAGGCUGAGGCUGCUGCUAAUGGCGCGUCCCAUUAAAAGACUGAGACUGCCACUGAAACACCACCGUAGCAUUAUUUAUUAUUUUAUUUUUCUUGAAAGGGACAGUGAAGAGACGAUGGGAAAUGAGGAAAUAAGGAUCAAACUCACUCAAACGGUAGUCCACGUUUUUUCAGUUACAUAAGCUUCCAAAAAGGCAGUUAAGCAGUAAACCAGCAAUAAACUAAGAAACAAAGCAGCUCGUUACCAGCAGCAGAACAGCGAGUGCUUGAGGUUUUUCAGUAUGUAAA